CGGCUGUAGAAAACAUCAUGGAAGACCAGAUCAACAUUACCUACAUAACUCUGUCUGGGUAUGUAGAUCUGAACAGAUACAGAUACUUUUACUUUUUCAUUGUACUCACUGUGUACAUCUUAACAGUCUGCAGCAAUGCUACUAUUCUGUAUCUCAUCUGGAUUCACAAAAACCUCCAUGAGCCGAUGUACAUCUUCAUCGCAGCUUUGCUGUUUAACGGUCUUCUUUACAGCACCAACAUUUACCCAAAGCUUUUGAUCAACUUCUUAUCUGAAAAACCGAACAYGUYRUAUUCAACUUGUCUUUUACAGUUUUUUUUGUUUUAUUCUUUUGGUUUUGCAGAGUUCCUCCUGCUAGCAGCCAUGGCCUUUGACAGAUAUGUGGCCAUAUGUAAACCUCUCAGAUAYARAARWAUKAUGARRARRAGUMMKGUKRMURUUWUCCUGGUUCUAUCUUGGUUUCUACCKGCUUGUURUHUUGCAGUGCAGGCAAYWCUKAGUUMWAAAGCUAAAUUAUGUGCAUUUAACUUGGAAGGAAUAUUUUGCAACAACACUAUUUAUGCCCUUCAGUGUGUGAGAUCAACAACUAUCACUGUAGUGGGGAUUGUAGCUUUAUUACAUGUUGUAGUUCUUCCUAUGCUCUUUACUACCUUCACGUACGCAAACAUAUUUAGAAUAUCUUACCGCAGCUCUAAGCAGUCCAGGAAAACGACAGUAGAGACCUGCGUGCCUCACCUGCUGGUUCUGACCAGCUACUUCUGUUUGAUGACGUACGAUGUAGUAAUAGCCCGAGUUCAGUCCGAUUUCCCCAGAAUUGCACGAUUCAUAAUGACGAUGCAGAUAUUUCUCUAUCAUCCUUUGUUAAACCCGUUCAUUUAUGGUUUUAAAAUGAAGGAAAUUAAUAAACAUCUGAAGAGAUUGUUCAGCUCAGUAAGUUAGAGAUUUWRUUUUAAUUUUUUUUUAGUUUCAUUGCUUUCAAAUCAUUUUACUGCAUCUCAUUUUGGUAUUCAAAAUGUAAACAUCGUAAUUUACAUGUGACUAGAUUAAGGUUUAGCCGUGUUCAUUGUCUCCGUUGUGACGUAACCGAUCGUUACUGUGCAGCAGCAGCAGGAUGGACUCAUGUCGUCACAAAAAGACGUCGAUUUUGCUUCCCAACUCCAAGGAAUGUUUUGAAUGUCCACUGGAACCAACAGGAAUCCUUCCUGAUUGUUGCAGYAGUUCAUUCACUGGAGUACGUAAAAUAUAACCUGCCUUAACAGCGUCUCGUUUAACCCAACCUCCAUUUACUUUAUUUGUAAUUACAGAAUUUCACUGCGUUCCACUUCGGGAACACGGUUUGGUGUUUUUCCUGAUGAUGUGUAGA